UCUGGGCAUUUAGGGAUACAGGAUCACAUCUAGGCUCAGACCUCACUGCAUCCAGAGCCUUCCUCUUCGGUGGGAGUGGUGUGGAAGCAUCACAUUCUUUUGCAACAAAGGAGGCGCUCAAGAGGGAGGGGAGCAGAACAAACGAGGUGGUGCCCUGCAGGAUAUAAAUACAGGCAAAUCUCCCCCACAGUCUUCUGAUCUCUAGAGAGGUGGAACCGAGACUAAAGGCAGAUUUUGUGGGGUUUGUUUGGCAUUGAAAUUGACUUUGAGCAUUUUCAGAUUUGUUUAUUGAAUUGGUUUGUAAUGAUUUGUAAGAAUGUUUUCUUUGCAUGGAAAAAAUAUGUAGACUACUUCUGAAUAGGAACAGCCGGCAAAAGUAAGACAUGCUUAAAAAAUUGUUCGAUGCGGGGAUUAAAGUUUGUUUUCCUGUAGUCUCUCCUUUUGGUAACACCCUUUAAUUUGUAAAGUCUCCAGAGGCUGGUGUCAUGUGUUCAUUCCCUCGGGCAGGAGGAGAACCAAGGCCGGGACACAGCGAGGAGCCCAGCGCGAUGUCCCUGGCCGGGGUCAGCUGCCUGGUGACCGGGGCCGGGGGGUUCCUGGGCCAGAGGAUCGUGCGCCUGCUGCUGCAGGAGGAGGAGGCGCUGGCCGAGAUCCGCCUGCUGGACAGAGCCUUCAGCGCUGAAGCCCUCGGGAGCUUUGGAAAGUUCAAGGGAAAGACCGAGGUGAAAAUCCUGGAAGGGGACAUCCGAGAUGUGACAUUCCUGCACCGUGCCUGCCAGGGGGUCUCCCUCGUCAUCCACACGGCUUCCCUCAUUGACACCCUGGGCCUCAUCGAGAAGAAGCUGCUCUGGGAGGUCAAUGUGACAGGUACUCAGCUGCUGCUGGAGGCGUGUGUCCGCUGUAACGUCCAGCACUUCAUUUACACCAGCACCAUAGAAGUGACAGGCCCAAACUGCAGAGGCGACCCCAUUUUCAACGGUGAUGAAAAUACAGCUUAUGAGAGCACAUCCAAAUUUCCCUAUGCCCAAAGCAAGAGACUGGCAGAGGAGUCUGUGCUGAAAGCAGAUGGCCAGGUGCUGAAGGAUGGUGGCACACUGAUGACCUGCGCCCUGAGAUCCAUGUACAUUUUUGGGGAAGGCUGCCCGUUCCUCCAAGGCCACCUGGAUAAGUGCCUGUUGAACAAGAACGUCUACCUGCGCUUCUCCAGGAAGGAGGCUCUGGUGAACCCCGUGUACGUGGGCAACAUCGCCUGGGCACACCUGCAGGCAGCCAAAGCCCUCCGCGCCCCGCAGAGAGCCAGGCACGUCAGGGGCAAGUUCUACUACAUCUCGGACGACACUCCCCACAUGAGCUACGCAGAUCUCAACUACGAGCUGACCAAGGAGCUGGGGUUUGGGAUCGAGCCCCGGCUCCCCAUGCCUCUGACGGCGCUCUAUUACUUCUCGCUGCUGCUGGAGAUCGUGAGCUUCCUGCUGCGGCCCUUUGUCAGGUACACCCCCUCCACCAACCGCCACCUGGUCACGCUGCUCAACACCCCCUUCACCUUCUCGUACAGGAAGGCACAGCAGGAGCUGGGAUACGCGCCCCGCUACACGUGGGAAGAGGCCAAGCGGGGCACGGGCGAGUGGAUCGCCUCCAUGAUCCCCCAGAGACGGCUGCACUUGCAAAGCAGCACUGCCUAAGCCUGAAGAGGAGCUGAAACCCAGCUGAGCAAGUGGGGCCUUGAGCCAGAGGAGAGCUGGGUGAGCAGCAGCAGCAGCAAACCAGAAAGCAUUUAAAUGAGUGCUUUGUGUAAGAGCCACUGAAACCCCUCACCCUCAACCUCAGAAUAAAUAAAAGUGAAAUGUUCGUUUGUUGAGUACAUGCUGAUGAGGGUAACUGUACUGCAUAGUCCACACCCACUUCUGCAUCUCUGCAGCACAAAGACUUAUUUUAGUAAGACUCCAAGCAAUCCAUGUGAACACUUCAGCCCUUCUUUCGCUCCACGCCAUCUCCAAGGCUUUUGUAAAGCACAGCUUGUCCUAGAAGUAUGAUUGCACUUCACAAGUGUGCACCACUCAGCUACACCCUGUUCACUCAGUGUUUGCCAUCUCACCAAACAGGCAGAAGCCACCUGAUGGCAAAAGCUGUAACAAAUCUUGUUCACUUUUUCAAGGGUGUUGUGCAUUUCAUGUUUACCUGACAGCCAAACUUUGAGCACUGUAAGCAUUGUGAGAUCAAAAGCACAAUGUAAGCACAAUGCAGUUUUAGUUAGGACAGUGUGUGGAGGAAAGAAGGGACAGAUUUGGUCAGGUGGAUACUUUUUUAUUCACUCUCAUUUUGCAAUAAAUCUGGUGAGUGUCCAGCAGAACAACUUCAAGAAAAUGAAAGGGAGAAAAAUAUUGCAGGAUGGCCUUGGUCACUGAGGGGUUCCCACUGCAGACUGAAUGCAUUUGUGAACACUGAGGAAAAAUAAAGAGUGCUGAAAAAAAUCCUGCUCCGACCAUGUUUCAGCUGGGAGCAAAGGCCAACUUUAGCUGAUAGGUACACAUGUGCUGCCCCUGUGCUUCUCUGAUGGCCACAUGAGCUUCUGCAGAAUGUGUAACUUGACUUGUGGGCAAAAAUACAGAUCUUGUCUGAACAAA